CCUAAUUUGUUAUAUUUUUAUUUAUAGUAAUAUAUUGUACACCAUGAUGAUAGAAAGAGAAUUGUUUGUUUCUGCCCCUGGGAAGGUUAUUUUACAUGGAGAACAUGCAGUAGUGCAUGGCAAGUUGGCUUUAGCAGUUGGACUGAAUUUAAGAACCUUCCUUAGAAUUCGCCCUUGUAAAGAUAAUACAGUUGUUAUACAUUUACCGAACAUUGGUAUCAAGCAAAUCUGGGAUAUCUCUCAACUUCAGACCCUGGUGCCUAUAUUGGAAGGUUGCUUUAAAGAUGAGCCUACAAGUCCAAGCCCAGAGCACCUGGAUGCACUGAAGAGAUUUGCAGGAUUUGCUACAGGAUCAAAAGACACAGGAGAUCUUGCUUUAAUCACUUUCCUGUACCUUUACUUAUGCAUCUGUGGUAGAGAUUUACCAAGUGUGGGUAUAGCAGUUUGGUCACAGCUACCCACAGGAGCAGGAUUAGGAUCCAGUGCUGCAUAUUCUGUAAGCUUGGCUGCAGCUUUACUUACAUUUACUGGGAAGAUUAGUGACCCCAUGCAAGAAUGCUCAGAAAUCUCAAGGUGGACACAGACGGAGCUUGAUCUUAUUAACCGUUGGGCUUUUACUGGUGAAAAAAUAAUUCACGGAAAUCCAUCAGGCGUGGACAAUGCUGUAGGAACAUGGGGUGGUGCUUUGCAAUAUCAAGCUGGGAAAAUAAGCCAGAUGGAAAGGGUGCCAACACUGCAGAUCUUACUGACCAAUACACAGGUUCCCCGCAGCACCAAGGUCCUUGUUGCAGGAGUGAAAGAGAAACUGCUGAAGUUUCCUGACAUCAUGAGUCCAGUGCUUUCAUCCAUCCAUGCUAUUUCCCUGGAGUGCCAGCACAUUUUGCAAGAAAUAGUUGCAGGAUCACCAGUGAAUCAUUAUUCGGUAUUAGAGGAACUGAUCGACAUAAACCAGCAUCACUUAAAUGUAAUUGGGGUAGGGCAUCCAUCUUUGGACAGGCUUUGUCAGGUGACUGCAUCACAUGGUCUGCACAGCAAACUGACAGGUGCUGGAGGAGGUGGCUGCGCCAUAACUUUGCUUCGACCUGAUGUCGAUCUCAGUGUGGUGGAAGCAGUGAAACGAGAGCUCACAGACUGUGGAUUCCAGUGCUGGCAGACCAGCAUAGGCGCUCCAGGAGUCUCUGUGCAUCACUUGUCCGAUCUGACAGAGGACAUUAACAGUGCGCUCAAUUCUAUUUAAGCCCAGCACAGACUUUCUAUACAUUGGGAUAUGAAUCACUGUAAAAUACCAAUUAUUAAAAUAGCCCUAAGUUAGAGAAAUACAAUGUGACCUCAAACAUCAUAAAGGUGUUAAUACUUCUAAUUUUAUAUGUUUGGUAAAUGUUAAAUAAUUGCUAAAGAUGCUAUUUAUUAUGUUUUUUAAUUCCUAAUUAAAAACACUAAUGGUAAAA